CAUGCGCAGAUUUUUGGGAGGAGGGGUCGAAGACGAAGAUGAACAGCACUGGAAGACUCUGCAUGACUGGCUCCCUUGCAGCCGUUGUUAGACUCACAAACCACUGGAAGGCCCCAGCAAUGGGAAGAUGGAUCACUGGAAGCAGUGUGUGUCAGAGGCCGACAGUGAGUGAGGUGAAGGUCACGGCACUACUGAAAGAGAAACUCAACCCAACAUACCUUGCUGUGGAGGAUGUCUCAUGUGGUUGUGGGACGUCAUUCACCAUCCACAUAGACUCGGAGCAGUUCAGAGGAAAGAGAGCUCUGCAGCAGCACCGAAUGGUCAAUGAGGCUCUGGGUGAGGAGAUGAAGGAGAUCCACUCAGUCUCAAUCAAGAUAGGAAGCCCCAAUGAUUGACUCUCUUCCACCCUGCACACCAUUCACAGCGUCCAUUUGCGUAUUUAUUUAUGCUGGAAGCAUUCCACUAUAAUAUACAGCACAUAUUAAGAAAAAUUUUCACCAAAAAAACACAUGAAAAACAGUGCAGUAGAAGCGUAGAAUGUGGAUAAAACAGAGAAUGAUAAUGUCAGUCCUCCUCCUCAUCUCCAAAGGAGAGCAAGCUGCUGUUCUUGACUCCACUAGAGCUGCCCGAUCUCUUCCUAGUCCUGGGUGACCUGGUCUUGCCCCCUGAUCCUUUGACAGGGGCUUCUCCUCCAGUCUUUCGUGUGGAGGCAUCCAACACACCCUCACUGCUCCUCCGUCUCUUGGCCGGUCUCUUGAAGAGGAUCUUCCCUCCACUGUCUCCCUCAGAUUGGUCACCUCCCGACCGAGGACCCACUGCUGGAACACCACCACCACUACCCUCCUUGUCCUCUUCCUUCUCCUCUUCUUUCUCUGGGACGCAUAAUAUGGUGCAAAAUGUUUUCGUGCUCUAAUGUGGCAUCUGUAAAUGCAUCAUCUCAGCAUGUCCUAUAUAGCCAUGUUUCCAGGCUCCCUGUAUGCAAAGGGUACUUUGAGAAUGAGGCCGUAUCAUAAUAAUUAUGUUCUGAUUACGUCUAUGCAUCUGCCACAUAACAUAAUGUGACACGCACUUAGUUCCUUCAUAACUUCACGAAAUUUCUUGUACUCCUCCUCCCCCACAUCUUCCUUCUCCAUCACCACCACUGUUGGUAGUUCAUCUUCCCUCUCCUCCUCAUCUCCCUCCCCUGCAGCAGGUGGGGCCACUUUAGGCCUCUUGGCCUCUGGAGGGGUAAGGAAGGGGAAACAGGGAGCUAGCAUCUUGUGGUACUAAUGGUACAGAUGCUUGCCUAUUGUGUCAGGUUCUUUGUAGCCGACUUUGGCCUUGAAGGCCUUUAUGAACGACGGCUCCUGCGGUUUGAUCCAUGCAACUUUUCUGUUCGGAGCAGACAUUUGUAGAGUUC